AUGUCUAAUGAUGAAUCGGGACGAAUAAGCGGUAAGGUAGUCGGGAACUUAACCUAUGUUCUGUUUAGCAUCUGAUUACUUAUUCGAAGAAGGGGUAUUUGGUGAGAUCGACAGAAUGGAGAAAGAUGGAGUGGCACGGGAAGAGAUAGUCAACAAUCUCCUUAAAGGCUACAACUUUAAUGGAAAGCUGUGUACUUUGAUUGGAGACUUGACAAAGGGAUUGGACGAGUCUACUUCUGACGAGUAAGUUAACAUCUUGUGGGGUGGGAAUGUUUUUUGUAUGUAAAUUAAACUUCUAUUACUGUUUUGCAGAUGUGCAUCUUGUUUCGAAGACAGUGCUUACAAGAUGGUGACCAAAACUUUCCAACCAGAUGACGCUGAUAAGAUAUUUGACAUGGAAGAUGGGGUAGAGUGGUUGCCUGACUUGAUCUCACACAGACCUUGGCGAAAGUUGAUAUUUGAGUUGUCAGAGCAGUAUCCUCAAUGUCUGAUGCUGAAUCUGGCGGUCAAGAUCAUCUCGGAUGCUGGAUUCCAGAACGAGAUUAACAAUGUCUGCACAGCUGCCAAUCAGGUCGAGAUCUUCUCCAAGGUGUUUGCCACUUGUGUGCUUCAGUUGGUAAAAGCAUUCCAAGUUGGGGAGAAUACUCAGGAGUUUCAGAAGGCGCUAGACGAGUUGUUGAGGGUCGUGUGUUAUGAUGAACAUACGUAUUACUAUGCACAAGCUGCUCUUAAGCAUUUGUCACAAACGGUAGGUUUUUAUACUGAUUUAUUCCUUUAUUAGUGUUCUUGAAUAAGUUGAAUUGUAAUUUAUCUUAUUCAUUGGUUACGGUUUAGUUUUAUAUUUAGAGUGAUCAAAAAGUAGUUGCCGUUUGUCAUCAGAUCAGCCAGAUAUUGAGGACGUCUUUGAAAGACAAGGUUUUCGAAACGACAGCUCUGAUGUUGUACUCUUCGCAAGAAUCGGGCGAUGACAUUCCUUCAGAAGGUAUCCAGGCCAUAUUGGACAUGGUUUCUAAAAAGACUUUAAGUCCAGCGGAUGUGUUACAGUUGUAUCAAGUAAUGUUAUAUUUUCAUUUUGAUACUAAUAUUAGUUUUAUUUUUGAAAUACUUAUUUGGGCAUUACUUGUGUUUCUAAAAUAUUGAAUACAACUUUGUGGUUUAGGUGUACUUUGACCCGAAUCCACCCCCAGCUGAGAUCAUACGAGACUCAGUACUGGUAAAGACGUUACUCAACAGCCUUUUCAAUGUCAAUGUAGCUAAGCUGAGUCUGGAGUACCGGUCGAGGUACGUGUACUUGUUGGCGUACGCCGCUUCAGUCGGUGAAGUGAACAAGAAUGGGAUGAGAAUUGUAAGCUUAUUUCUGGAUUGGUCUUUGUAGUGUUGUAAUAGUUGUUACGUAUGUUGUUGUAGCAAACGAAAGCAGAACUGGAUCACGUUCGGAACAAGAUGGAGGAGUUGCUGGACAAACUGGAGACGGCUGAUGACUUGGUGUCUAUUCUUCCAGAUGUCAUCAAGUUGAUAGAACUGCCAGUGUUGGCUCUUGGUAUCUUAUCGUAUGUUGAGUCUAUUGUGUUACGUGAUGAUGUCAUGAGUGAGCCUCAAACGGUUCAUCUCGUACUCAUUGACCAUGUGGCUACAUUACAGUCCAAUAUGAGGCACAGGUAAGUAGAUAAUAACAUCUUGAUAUAUGAAAUCUAAACUAGUUAUAGUAAUUAAUAAUUUACUACAAAAUGUACGACGUCACGUAAUAUAUUGUCUAUGUAAAGUCCUGUUUUGUGAUUUUAGAGUGUUUCGAUUACUAUGCCGUCUAUACGAAUGUCAAUCGAGUAAGAACGAAGUGGCGGAGCUUGUUGUCUCUCGGCAAAAGGUGGUGAUUGACCGCUUCAUCCAUCUGUUCUCUUGUGGCUACGUGUUACCAGUACUCGAGCUGAUCCCAAAAUGGUACGAAGAGGGCACAAUUGACGUAUCUCUGGUCAGGUACUUCGGGAUAGAAGUGCUUGAGAUGACGACGCCACCGUACUCGGACGACUUCUGCAAACGAAUGUACCCACUUAUCACGAGGUCCGAGAUCUUCGACAAGGUCACGACGGAGAAGCAGAAGUAUAUCGCACAGUUCAUAGGUUAUGUAAAUAUGUAAAAUAAAUUGACUUGGUACUCACUGAAGUUGUUGUAUGUGUUGCAUGCUCAUUUCAUAUUUUUGGGGUUUUGAUUAAAGUAUGACUUAAAAGUUACAGUAUGACAGAUGACGUAAGCACGGUGAUAGGAUGUGAGCCGGUUGCUUUGACUGCGUUUCACAUAAAUGAGAUUUUCAAAUGUAUUGACAAUGUAGAAGCCAUCUCUACAACUACACAGCUCACGGUAAGGUCUUUUUAGACGAUUUUAUAUUAUGUAUAUAUAUAAGUAUAAUAUAACAACUCUUUGAAGGAUGGUUCGUCUUGUUGAGACUUGAAAACGUCAAACUUUUAUAUUUAAUUGCGUUACAGACGACUUAUGAACGACUAGAGCAUGUUCUGGCCAUCUACACAAACAAGUUCGUCUUAUUUCCGAUUGUGCCAAAAGUCGUGAAUAAGCUGGUACAGUUGGUAGAAGUGAAGCCUCCGCCUUUGAAUAAGAAGAGCGAAGUUGCCAUAAUGUUGUUUUACAUCUUCUCGAAGUACGUUGGCUUCAAACAGACGACCAAGUACCUUCCAGUAGAGGUAGAUCUUCUGACCGUGAUAUUGGAUAACACUAUACAUUACGGGAAUGGUACGUUAUCAUAGAGGUCGUUUAGAGUAAUAUUAGUACUUUUACAUGCAAUAUUGCCACAUUAUGUUGUUAUUUAAAUUUGUGAUUAUUUUGUGGUUGUUUUAGGUAACUCUGUCAACUUUCCUGUACCCGAAGUAAAGGACGGCAUCUUUUGUGGCCUCAAGAUCUGGCUUCUAAUCCUGAUCAAGAAUCCUUUUGACCUGAGGAACUUCUUGCGAACUUCUGAGAAUUCAGUUGGACUAGAUGCUAUUAGCUACAGGAUAAAGCAGCUGAUUGACGAGAAGAACGCCGUUAAGGACGGGCCGGUAAGUAUUCUUAAACGUAACCUUUUACUGUGCAAAUUACUAUAGUAUUAUUGUAUACUUUGUAAAACGUUUAAACUGUUUCUUGAGCCUCUUUCAUCGCGGCUUUUUUUGUAAAUAUUGAUAAAAGCAUGAUAUUGUACUUGAUUGCUCAAUACACUAUUUAUCUAAUUUCAGAAGUUGGACUUUAUAACGUUGGCCAUACUGUACACGAGGAAUGCUGACAACGGAGAAGCCCUGAGGCACUUUUUCCAAAAUAUUCUAAACUCGAAACAAAACCCUCGAGAAAAGUUGAACUCUCUCAAGACUUUGAACUACAUCUUCAAGUUGGUAAGACACAAAACUUUCAAUAUUAUAUUACUAUGGUUUCAUACAUUAUAUUGUUAUUGUCACUAUUAUGAAUUACAAUAUCGCAUCUUCAUAUACCUAUAAAUUUAGGGCAAAAGACAAGAGCUUCAAGGAUUUGUGGACGAUGCCAUAGCUUACUGUAGUUCGUGUUACAAAGACAAUAACAGUUCCUCUUUACUCACAAAUUACUGUUUAAAAGUGUAUCAACGAAACAUAAUGACACUUUUGGAUGUGCGACUAGCGAACUGGAGGUAUCAAAAGAAGAACAAGAGCAUCGAAGAAUCAUUGGGGAUCGAGAAAUUAUCAAAUCUAAAUGGUUCGGCCGCUAAUGGAAGUACUGUAGAUCAAGCUCACUUAACCAUGGUAAGGUCAGACAGUAGUUGAUAUUCUUACAGACUUCUAUUAGUACAAAGUAAUUGCUCUUUAAAGUAAUAUCGUCACACUAAAUUGCAGGUGAAGGAUGUGUUGGUCAUAAUGAAGAAUUGUUUGUCAUCAGAAUCCAACGAUGUGAGGUGGGGUGCGGCCAAGGGAAUAGCAAGGAUAAUAUCCAAGUUACCGGUCGAUUACACGGUGAAGAUGGUGUCCGAGAUGACUUCUCAACUCAACGACAGUGAAUCCUCGUGCUACUGGAACGGCAUCUGUCUGCUACUGGCUGAGUUGACCACCAGAGGCUGUAUCCUGCCAGAAACCAUGCCUAGCUUGUUGAAGAUCGUCAAGAAGGCGUUGUUGUUCGACCUGGGAGGAUUCAUGAACACCACGGAGACUAACGUCAGGGAUUCUGCGUGCUACAUCUGCUGGUCUCUGGCCCGGGCCUACUCUAAGGAGAUGUUCUUGUCUCAGAUUCCGGACUUUUCCAAUCUUCUCGUAUGUACAGCUCUGUUCGACCGUGACGUCAACGUUCGGAGAGCUGCCAGUGCUACGUUUCAGGUAUCAUUUAGGUGUAUUACUUGUUUUAUGUGUAGUAUGCGUUACAGACGCCACAUCUGACAUGGCCAAGUAAAGAAACAAUUUGUAGGAACACGUUGGAAGACACGGUGGUUUCUCGAACGGUAUCCAGAUUCUGGUUAUCAUCGACUUCAGUGAUGUAGCUCUGAUCGGAAGAUGCUAUAAGGAAUCGUGCGUCAAAGUGGCACAGUACAGGGAAUACCUCAGGCCAAUGCUCGACUUUCUCGUCUUCAAUAAGGUACCCAAUUGGAAUACCACCAUCAGAGAGUUGACUUCAUCUGCACUACGUCUUCUGUCGCCAAUGGAUUCAGAAUAUGUUUUAGAAAAUGUAAGUUUUGAACGUAUUAUUGGAUAAACGCUGUUAGCUAGCUUUCGUAUGAAAAGACUCAGCAAGUUGGAUACCGAUUGGCGGGUUAAUUAGUUUCCAACCUAAUAUAAUAUUGGUUUAGUUGUUACCUCACUUAUCGACUUCACUUAACAACACGACUGAUAUCACUCUUCAACAUGGUUACUUAUUCGCUUUAUCUGCUUGCAUAUCAGCGGUUUCAACGAAGCUAACUUCGGAUGACACCGUGAUAAAAGCAGUUUUACACUUCACAGAUACUCACCGAGCUCAGAUGCACAACAGAUCCAUGGAGAAUGUGACUUUACUCGAACGGGCGAUGGCUAGUAUAUUCAAGUGUCUUCUGGACGCUGACUUGGUCGAUAAUCACAACACGGUAAGGGAAAAAAUAAUGAAAUUUUGGUUGAUAAAGGGAAAGUGUGGGCGCGAGUCGGGAAAAUAUUUUGCAGGCUGCGCUUUUUAAUUAUACCAACCUUUUGAUUAAAUUUAGCGACUAAUAGGUACAUUGAUGUUUUAGAAUUUAACUAUUAUUCUGUGUUUAUUUUUAUAUUCAUUUUGUACUUUAUAGCAUAUGCAAUGGAUGAGUACUGUAGAGUACUGUUUGCUGGAAUUAAUAGAAGUAAAGAAGCCAGAAGAGUCGACCCAAGAUAUCCUCCUUAAUGUAAUACAGUCUAUCUUCUUGUACUGGAAACGACAUACUAUGUUUGAUGUAGCCAAAGACCACUUACAACGCUUUAAGAAUAAGGUAAUUAAUACUUUUUGGACAAGUUAUCACAUUAUUAUAGCAAGUAGCUCAAUUAUUAUGUUGUUAUUGCUAUCGAGCGAAUUAUCAUGUUGUUUUAGCUAUCGACUGCUGAUGCUGAGAACACUUUUACAGUAUAUGCUUUAAUUGUGGAACGGGUAUGUUCAUUUAUGGUUGAAGAAAAAGAUCUCGAAGAUAUUCAACGUAUUCUGAAGGAGCAUAUAUUACGGUAAGUUUAGUUAGUUGUAUCGUAUGUGAGAACUUGUGUCGGCUAAACUUUUGGUUACCUAAAGGCGUAAUUUAUUCAAAAAUAUCAAAAAGUAAAAAUUCUAUGGCAAUUAUCGAUUCAAACUCUUGCGAAUUAUCUUUUCACUGUUAUUCAGGCCGUCAGAACAAUUGUGGAUAAAUGCUCGUAUAUCAGCUCUCAAGGCUUUGGUAUGCAUAUAUGGAAGGACUGGAGGUCAGACACAACUUGACACAUUACUCGAAUGGUAUUUCUUUUGUUUCAAAACAUUGUGUACUACAUUUGAAAUUGACUUUUCAUUUGCUUUUUAUGUUUUUAGUAUUAUUACUACUUAAGAUUAAGUCGUUAUUUUAAGAUUUACUACAUUUCUUAUUACUAAUUGAAACUAAAGUUAUUUUUAAAAGGUGAUUUCAGCCUGGACAAGUGCUACAAAGACCAAACCGUUUCUAAAAAUGGAGAUAUUGGGAGAUACGUCAGGGAAGCGGCUCUUCGCAAUACGCUUACAAUACUGCUUAAGGCCGCUCAGUACAAUAAUCUAGGCCAACAACAGGUCGUAAAUGUCACCACAAAUGUAUUGGGACUGUUGUUUGACGCCGUGGAUAAGAACGUUAGGGUAAGUGCCUGCCUUAAGUAUGGUCUAAAGCAUGAUACUGUACUGAUGUCAUGCUAUUUGUAAGGUAAUGGGCGCUAUUAUCAAGAUAAAUUCUGCAAAAAAUAGUUUUCAUUACAAGAAUAAUAUAAAAAUAAAAGUUAAGGUCACUAUUUAGUCAUACAUGAUUAUUAUAGGUAUCUCACGAAGUUAUACAGUCAAUUCUGGAUAGUAAUGUAGAUGUGAAUGACAAAGACCGUCUGUUAUCUUUGUUUAACUCUGAACAUAUUGAGUUUGCCACGCUCGUACCUCUGCUGGAGUACGAUGCCUACCGUAACCAUCUUCUGAAGUGUGCAAUAUUUGGAUUAGGUAUGUUUUUACUAUGGUAUGUUGGAGUACAAUAUUAUAGGGAGUUUGGUCGUGACCACAUCCAACAACUCGUGGCAGUUUCUCUACAAUUACGUUACUGUAGACAGUCGGAAAACGGAUAUUAAGGUAACUAUUAUACUGAAUUAUGAUAACCUACAAUACCGUAUCUUAAUCUUAUAGCAGAAUAUUAUUUUACUUUUGAUAAUAUCAAACAUAAGUUUCAGUUUAUGGAAGGGUUCACAAGAGUAGUAUACGACUGUUACGCUAGUGUGUCGACUCUAGAUGACAAGAUACGAUACUGUAGAGCGCUGAGUAUAUUAAUAGAACGAAGAGCCUUUGAACUGUACGAAGCUGACCCGUGUACAUCAAUAUGUUUUGUCCAGCUUUGUGAAAGUAUUAUCCUUGUAAGUAUUUUUCCAUUACUAAUAGGCACCUUUUGUCAUAUACUAAACUAUACUAAGUUUUACUUAGCUAACAUAAGAUCUUAACAUAAGAUUACUAAUACCUGAGUUUAGCUUGGGAAGAGUAAAUGUGGCGUCAAGCUGAAGCACACCUCGCUGAAGACAGUAGCCUCGUUCAUUAUGCUCAACUACUCUUCUGAUGUGGCACUUAAAGCAAGGAAGACCUUGAGUUCCUUCCUCACCUCGCCGUACUCAGCUCUCCGAAGUCAGGCGGCCGAGCUACUACAACAUUAUCUCAGUCUGAUUGACGAGAGUGUGUAUGAAAGAGAAGAUGUACAGAAAGCCCUGGCCAUAUUAGCCGAUCUGAACUGGACUAAGCCUAAAGAGGAGCUACAAGAAGAUGCUGCUAUCGUGCAGAAGAUCCUCAGCUUCUAG